AUGCCACCCAAAAGUGACGCAUUCCCCUACCGUAGGGGCUCUGCGGCCUCGGAGGAUGAUUUCUUUGACAUCCCGGACGAAACAUGCCUGGCCUUGGUGAAGCGGCAGCUGCGUCAUAUCCGCACCUGGGUUGCUCUCGCAGUCUUCGCCUUGUUAGUUGUGUGGCUGCGUCGUGCGCCAGCGGCGCCCCCGCGGCCGCGCUCCCAUAUUAACUAUGAUGCGGUCGAUUGGUCUCGCUUUGCAUACACCCAGUAUGCGACGUCGGAGACCUACCUCUGCAAUUGCGUGAUGGUGUUUGAGGCCUUGCAACGGCUUGGGAGCCGCGCGGAUCGUAUACUUUACUACCCGCAAGAUUGGGAUUUGAUCAUAGAUUCUCCUGAAGACCGCGUGAGCCAGCUGUUGCUCAUGGCCAAAAAUGAAUAUAACGCCCAGGUGGUGCCGGUGAAGAUCGAGGGGGUCAACCUGGAUCGAACUGGCUCCAAGCAGUCUUGGGACAUGAGCCGAGCGAAACUGUUUGCGUUUAGCGAGACUCAAUACGAGCGAGUCAUCCAUCUCGACUCCGACAUGAUCCUGCUGCAGAAGCUCGAUGAACUGUUCUUCCUCCCUCCCGCCAUCGUUGCUAUGCCCCGGGCAUACUGGCUUUUGCCCGACCAGAUGCUAUCAUCCCAGGUCGUCGUCAUCGAACCCUCCUACCGCGAGUAUAAUGCGUUGAACGAUGCCGUCAAGGCUGCCAUGUCUGGCCAAGUCCAGUUGGGCCAGUCUAAAAACCGGUACGACAUGGACCUUUUGAACGACCGGUACCGUGACAACGCCCUGGUCCUCCCCCACCGGAAAUACAACCUCAUUACCGGAGAGUUCCGGACCAAGGAUCACCGCAACUACAUGGGGAAUGAACACGAGGAAUGGGAUCCCGACAGGGCACUGGCCGAGGCAAAAUUCGUGCACUUUUCUGACUGGCCCUUGCCCAAGCCCUGGGUGAUGUGGCCACAGAAGGAGCUGGCGGAGAUGCAGCCCAAGUGCGACAACAACCCAGGGACGCCCGAGGAGAGUGGCUGCCGCGAUCGCGAGGUGUGGAAGAAGAUUUACGAUGAUUUCCGACACCGAAGAAAGGAUGUGUGCAAGCUGCUCAGCUUUCCCGCACCGGUCUAA